CUAUAAAUGCGUCGUAUAUAAAGACAAUGGAGGCGAUUGAUGUGAAAAGAAAGCUUUCAAAAGCAAGCGAAGAAACGAUGCUCCCUGAAACAAAACGGGCACGUUCAAAAGAUGAAGGUGAAUUGUUUGAACAAAUAACCAACACAGAUACUCCACGCGAAUCGAACGUGAUAUAUUCCCAACAGACAUCGUACGGUACACAGAGUUUGGGGUCUUGUUCGGUUGGAAGUGAUGUAAGCGGUGACGUUUUGAGUGGUGAUGAAACGGACUAUCCUUCAAUUGAAGAAGGGACAAGAAAUAUGUUACACGAAUCUAUGGAAGCCAACGAAUUAACACAAGAGAUAAUUGACGAAGAUGAUUCCUCGGAAAUGUUCGAUGAAAGCAUGUGUUUUCGCGAGGGCUCCGCGGAGGACAAAAGGAAAUGUCGAAUGUUAAAACGCGUGUCAGACGCGCUGUUUGGAUUCGAUGAUGUUGACGGUCCAUCUGAAAGUAUUGAUGAUACACCAGACGACAUACAAGACGCGAGUGAUGUUAUUUCAUACUUGCAGAAUAAUGUUUCACCGGACGUACAAACUGAGGUUGCGAAAUAUCUAGCGAGUGGAUGUCUUGAAUUUGUUCACAUUUCUUUGAGCAACAUUCACCACUUUUACCAUGUGGCACAUAAUUUGCGCCUUAAACAGUUACGAGAUCAUUGUCUAAACUUUUGUUUCCUGAGCAACCAAGACGAUCUAAUAGCUAGAUUUGAAGGCUGCGAAUGUCAGUUGUCCGUAAAGCGCCGAUCAGCAGGAGGUUACGAACGCUCACAAAGUAUUGUUUCGAAUCCAGACGAAAAUGAGCCUCCUCAGUAUUAUAUUGUGUUUACUGGAAACUCUCAAAGUGGUCCAGGGAAGGAUACAAAGCAAAUAUCCGUUAUGGUCAUAGACAUGUCUGAAAGACAAGACGUUUAUGAUACAAAAAUUGAUAAGCUGAGCCAGCUAGGAAACGGAUUUGCGUGCUGCAGUGUUGAAGUAAGCGAGUCACCAUACGUGUUUAUUAGUGGUGGUGAGGGCAAGUCGACCACUAUGUCUCAAUACGACGUCCUGCUGGGACGCUGGAACAAAUGCGCCAAGAUGCUACAUGGACGGUCUCAACACGCAAUGGUGGCCGUGGGCCAAACAUCUGUUGUUGUACUCGGCGGACUGGAAGUUCCUUGUAUUGAAGAGUAUGAUGUAAAACGAAAUAAAUGGUUUGAACGAGCUUCUCUUGUUAUUCCCGUGGCAUCGGCUGCUCAUACUAUUUUCAAAAAUAAAAUAUUUGUGUUUGGAGGGAAAACAAUGGCAGGGCCUGUGUCAGUUGCACAGUGUUAUGAUGUUGAAACCAAACGCAUUUCGAGAAUACAAGAUUUACCUUGUGCAUUUGAUGGUGGACAGUGUGUUGUUUUACGAGACCGAAUAUACAUUGCGACAAACCAAGGUCAUUUGAUUUGUUUUGACCCGCACACUGGAAUUUCGCAACUUUGCUCUCAACAACCAGUUCAGCGUAGAAGCUUCGGAAUGUUUGUGAAAAAUGAUCGCAUAUAUUUUGUAGGAGGAGAACUGUGCAACCCGGACGUCUCUCCAGGUCCUGUUCCACAGUACAGGUACAAUGCGGAGAAGGACACGUGGGUGGAAAAACAAAGGCUGUCCCGAUGUUUUCAGGUGCUGGCAAGCUGUGUGAUCAAGUAUCCACAAAAAUGCUCGAUUAUACCAUUCAACAAAAACUUAUUCUGAGUGCGAACAGACCUGCACAUCGACUUUAGAAUUGUUUUGCUACUUUUUAUGAACUGAUAUUUAUUUGAUUUUGGUUAUUUGAUUUAGCUAAUCAAUGAAUCAUUUUUAUUCCGUAUGCCAUUAACAAUGAUUUCUGAUAAUAGAGAUGAAAAACCA